AAUGAGAUUGCUUUGUAUACUAACUAUGAGGUUGAGUUUGUAGAAAAUGAAGAAUUUGACGUCCUAAAGUGGUGGAAGUCAAAAGAAAGAAUGUUCCCGAUUUUAGCACGGAUGGCUAAGCAAGUACUAUCAAUGCCGGUUUCAACAGUUGCCGUGGAACAAGAAUUUAGUUCGGCCGGCAACGUCCUAACUAAAUCGAGAACGUGUUUGAGUGCCGAAUCUCUUGAGACGCUUAUAUGCUACCACGAUUGGUUGAAGGCAAGACGUAGAACUCAAGAAGUUAGCAUCACCCCCUCCCAAGACUUUAUGGAUGAAUCAACCGAGGGUGGUUCUACCUAUGCUGGAGAUUCCGAUUGAUUAGUAUUUUACAAUUUAUUUUUUUAUCCUCAAUUCUCUAUUGUAAUUUGUCAACUUGUAGAUUUGUAGUUCAUAUUUCAAAUCAAUAUACAUUAUAUAUUUUUAUAUGUCGCAUUUCUCAAAUUAAUCAAGUUACAACUUACUCCCUCUGUCCCUAAAAGAAGUUUCAUUUCGCUUAUCGAGGGUCAACUUAAAUCACUCUUAAACUCUUACUUUUUAUAUCAAAAUUUUAUAAAAGUUGAAUUAUUUUUUGC